CUACAUCUAUUUAUUGUGUUAUAAGUCAGAUCAGUCAGAUGACCACACACACACUGACAGAUGAGAAGAUGUCAACAAUAAAUUCAAUUUAAAUUGUAUUAAAGUUAAAGUAUUAAAUUCAAUAGGCCUAAGGAUCAUAAUGAAAAUACCGUCUCUUGUCGCUAGAUCUACCAUAUCAAAAUGGUAUUUUGGUUACAAAUCAAUUCACUCAAUGGCCAAACUCAGUCAUGAUGAUGUUAUGAAAGUGGUCAAAUCUGUUGUACCACCACUUGAUUACAGUAUGCAUAAAGGACAAGCAGGCAGAGUAGCUGUUGUUGGUGGCUGUAAGGAAUACACUGGUGCCCCAUACUUUGCAGCAAUUACUGCACUAAAAGUUGGAGCAGACCUGUCACAUGUAUUUUGUGUGUCUGAUGCUGCAACAGUGAUAAAAAGCUACAGCCCUGAAUUAAUUGUCCAUCCAUUAUUGGACCAGUUAAAUGCUGUGUCAAAAAUUUCGGAGUGGCUCCCAAGAUUUCAUUCUCUUGUGGUUGGACCAGGGCUUGGUAGAGAUGAGAAUAUACUAACUGCAGCAUCGGGGGUUAUACAAAAAGCUAAAGAACAGAAAAUACCUAUAGUGAUUGAUGCAGAUGGCAUUUUCUUGGUGACUCAAGAUCCUUCUGUAAUUGAUGGGUACACUGGUGCGGUUUUGACACCUAAUGUUGCAGAGUUUGAACGCCUUUAUAAAAGAGUUCUUCACUGUGACCCUGACCCAAAUAAGCCAAUGGAAAUGACCACUGAACUCUCUAAAAGACUAGGCAAUGUAACUAUCAUCCAUAAGGGACAUGAAGACAUCAUUACCAAUGGAGAACAUGUGAUAGCGUGCUCAGAAACAGGAAGUCCAAGGCGAUGUGGUGGCCAGGGAGAUUUAUUGUCAGGCUCGCUGGGCAUAUUUUUAUGUUGGGCUAGACAGUCAUGUGAUAUAAUAAAUAAAAGUGGUGUAAUGAAAUCAGACUGCUAUGGAAUGUGCGCCGCUUAUGCUGCAUGCGUUCUAACACGUGAAUGUAACAGAAGGGCUUUCAUGGAGCAUGGCAGAUCUAUGACAACUUCAGACAUGAUUUCUGUGAUACACACAUCAUUUGAGUCUUUGUUUUCAUGAUAUCUGGUUGGUUAUUUAGUUUAUUAAAUUUGAUAUAAUUGAAGAUGUAUGGUACGCUGCAAACAUAAUCAGGCAAAAUGUGUUCAAUGACAAUUUCUUAUAAAUGAUAUAUUAGACAUUUUAUAAUUUUUAGUA